UCGGACAGAGAUUUCUGCAGCCCAGCCUAGUCAGGAUCUCUGGGUCGGAUUCGCCGCCUGCCUGCGGUCAUCUGCACUUCUUCAUCCUGCCUAUUCUUCUUUCUGUCUGGCUGCACCUUUGUGGAGCCUCAUCCCAGCUGUGGUUUAAAUUCUUCAGGAUUAUCUGUGAAAAGAUUAGCCAGGGCUUCAGAUCGACAAGAUGACGGAUGCCCAGAUGGCUGACUUUGGGGCAGCGGCCCAAUACCUCCGAAAAUCAGAGAAGGAGCGCCUAGAGGCCCAGACUCGGCCCUUUGACAUCCGCACAGAGUGCUUUGUGCCUGAUGACAAGGAGGAGUAUGUCAAAGCCAAGAUAGUGUCCCGGGAGGGGGGCAAGGUCACUGCCGAAACUGAGAAUGGCAAGACGGUAACCAUAAAAGAGGACCAGGUGCUGCAGCAGAACCCGCCCAAGUUCGACAAGAUUGAGGACAUGGCCAUGCUGACCUUCCUGCACGAGCCGGCUGUGCUGUACAACCUCAAGGAGCGCUAUGCAGCCUGGAUGAUCUACACCUACUCAGGCCUCUUCUGCGUCACUGUCAACCCCUAUAAGUGGCUGCCAGUGUAUAAUGCUGAAGUCGUGGCUGCCUACCGGGGUAAGAAGAGGAGCGAGGCCCCUCCCCACAUCUUCUCUAUCUCUGACAACGCCUAUCAGUACAUGCUGACAGAUCGGGAGAACCAAUCCAUCCUUAUCACCGGAGAAUCCGGAGCUGGGAAAACGGUGAACACAAAGCGUGUAAUCCAGUACUUUGCCAGCAUUGCGGCCAUAGGGGACCGCAAGAAGGACAAUCCCAGCGCAAACAAGGGCACCCUGGAGGACCAGAUUAUCCAGGCUAACCCCGCCCUGGAAGCCUUCGGCAAUGCCAAGACUGUCAGGAACGACAACUCCUCCAGAUUCGGGAAAUUCAUCAGGAUCCACUUCGGAGCCACCGGAAAGCUGGCUUCUGCCGACAUAGAGACCUACCUUCUGGAGAAGUCCCGGGUGAUCUUCCAGCUCAAGGCUGAGAGAAACUACCACAUCUUCUACCAGAUCCUGUCCAACAAGAAGCCGGAGCUGCUGGACAUGCUGCUGGUUACCAACAACCCCUACGACUACGCCUUCGUAUCUCAGGGAGAGGUGUCUGUGGCCUCCAUCGAUGACUCCGAGGAGCUUCUGGCCACCGAUAGCGCCUUUGACGUGCUGAGCUUCACGGCAGAGGAGAAGGCUGGUGUCUACAAGCUGACUGGCGCCAUCAUGCACUAUGGGAACAUGAAGUUCAAGCAGAAGCAGAGAGAGGAGCAGGCGGAGCCGGAUGGCACAGAAGAUGCUGACAAGUCCGCCUACCUCAUGGGGCUGAACUCAGCUGACCUGCUCAAGGGGCUGUGCCACCCUCGGGUCAAAGUGGGCAAUGAGUAUGUCACCAAGGGGCAGAGUGUCCAGCAGGUGUACUACUCCAUCGGGGCACUGGCCAAGUCAGUGUACGAGAAGAUGUUCAACUGGAUGGUGACUCGCAUUAACGCAACCCUGGAGACCAAACAGCCACGCCAGUACUUCAUAGGUGUCCUGGACAUCGCCGGCUUUGAGAUCUUUGAUUUCAACAGCUUCGAGCAGCUGUGCAUCAACUUCACCAACGAGAAGCUGCAGCAGUUCUUCAACCACCACAUGUUCGUGCUGGAGCAGGAGGAGUACAAGAAGGAAGGCAUCGAGUGGGAGUUCAUCGACUUCGGCAUGGACCUGCAGGCCUGCAUCGACCUCAUUGAGAAGCCCAUGGGCAUCAUGUCCAUCCUGGAGGAAGAGUGCAUGUUCCCCAAGGCCUCAGACAUGACCUUCAAGGCCAAGCUGUACGACAACCACCUGGGCAAGUCCAACAACUUCCAGAAGCCUCGCAAUGUCAAGGGGAAGCAGGAAGGGCUGCUGGGGCUGCUGGAGGAGAUGCGUGAUGAGAGGCUGAGCCGCAUCAUCACCAGAAUCCAGGCCCAGUCCCGAGGCCAGCUCAUGCGCAUUGAGUUCAAGAAGAUGGUAGAACGCAGGGAUGCCCUGCUAGUUAUCCAGUGGAACAUCCGGGCCUUCAUGGGGGUCAAGAACUGGCCAUGGAUGAAGCUCUACUUCAAGAUCAAGCCGCUGCUGAAGAGUGCAGAGACGGAGAAGGAGAUGGCCAACAUGAAGGAGGAGUUUGGCCGAGUCAAAGAAUCACUAGAGAAGUCUGAGGCUCGCCGCAAGGAGCUGGAGGAGAAGAUGGUGUCCCUGCUGCAGGAGAAGAACGACCUGCAGCUCCAAGUGCAGGCGGAACAAGACAACCUCAAUGAUGCAGAGGAACGCUGCGACCAGCUGAUCAAGAACAAGAUCCAGCUGGAGGCCAAGGUGAAGGAGAUGACCGAGAGGCUGGAGGACGAGGAGGAGAUGAAUGCUGAGCUCACGGCCAAGAAACGCAAGCUGGAAGAUGAGUGCUCGGAGCUCAAGAAGGACAUUGAUGACCUGGAGCUGACACUGGCCAAGGUGGAGAAAGAGAAGCACGCCACAGAGAACAAGGUUAAAAACCUGACAGAGGAGAUGGCUGGACUGGAUGAGAUCAUUGCCAAGCUGACCAAGGAGAAGAAAGCUCUGCAAGAGGCCCACCAGCAGGCCCUGGAUGACCUGCAGGUUGAGGAAGACAAGGUCAACACUCUGACCAAGUCUAAAGUCAAGCUGGAACAGCAGGUGGAUGAUCUGGAGGGAUCCCUGGAGCAGGAGAAGAAGGUGCGCAUGGACCUGGAGCGAGCCAAGCGGAAGCUGGAGGGUGACCUGAAGCUGACCCAGGAGAGCAUCAUGGACCUGGAGAAUGACAAACUUCAGCUGGAAGAAAAACUCAAGAAGAAAGAGUUCGACAUCAACCAGCAGAACAGUAAAAUUGAGGAUGAGCAGGCCCUGGCUCUUCAACUGCAGAAGAAAUUGAAGGAAAACCAGGCACGCAUCGAAGAGCUGGAGGAGGAACUGGAGGCAGAGCGCACAGCCAGGGCCAAGGUGGAGAAGCUGCGCUCGGACCUGUCCCGUGAACUGGAGGAGAUCAGUGAGCGGCUGGAGGAGGCCGGUGGGGCCACAUCUGUGCAGAUAGAGAUGAACAAGAAGCGGGAGGCCGAGUUCCAGAAGAUGCGGAGGGACCUGGAGGAGGCCACCCUGCAGCACGAAGCCACAGCUGCGGCCCUGCGUAAGAAGCACGCGGACAGCGUGGCCGAGCUGGGGGAGCAGAUCGACAACCUGCAGCGUGUGAAGCAGAAGCUGGAGAAGGAGAAGAGUGAGUUCAAGCUGGAGCUGGACGAUGUCACCUCCAACAUGGAGCAGAUCAUCAAGGCCAAGGCUAACCUCGAGAAGAUGUGCCGGACCUUGGAAGACCAGAUGAAUGAGCACCGGAGCAAGGCUGAGGAGACUCAGCGUUCCGUCACCGACCUCACCAGCCAGCGGGCCAAGCUGCAGACAGAGAACGGGGAGCUGUCCCGGCAGCUGGAUGAGAAGGAGGCGCUGAUUUCCCAGCUGACUCGAGGCAAGCUCACCUAUACCCAGCAACUGGAGGAUCUCAAGAGGCAGCUGGAGGAAGAGGUCAAGGCCAAGAAUGCCCUGGCCCAUGCCCUGCAGUCAGCCCGGCAUGACUGUGACCUGCUGCGGGAACAGUAUGAGGAGGAGACAGAAGCCAAGGCUGAGCUACAGCGUGUCCUGUCCAAGGCCAACUCAGAGGUGGCCCAGUGGAGGACCAAGUAUGAGACGGACGCCAUCCAGAGGACGGAGGAGCUGGAGGAAGCCAAGAAGAAGCUGGCCCAGAGGCUUCAGGAUGCAGAGGAGGCAGUGGAGGCCGUCAAUGCCAAGUGCUCCUCCCUGGAGAAGACCAAGCACAGGCUGCAGAAUGAGAUCGAGGACCUGAUGGUGGAUGUGGAACGCUCCAAUGCCGCCGCCGCAGCCCUGGACAAGAAGCAGAGGAACUUCGACAAGAUCCUGGCAGAGUGGAAGCAGAAGUAUGAGGAGUCGCAGUCAGAGCUGGAGUCGUCCCAGAAGGAGGCGCGCUCCCUGAGCACAGAGCUGUUCAAGCUCAAGAAUGCCUACGAGGAGUCCCUGGAGCACCUGGAGACCUUCAAGAGGGAGAACAAGAACCUCCAGGAGGAGAUCUCAGACCUGACUGAGCAGCUGGGAGAAGGGGGGAAAAACGUUCAUGAGCUGGAGAAGGUCCGCAAGCAGCUGGAGGUGGAGAAGAUGGAGCUGCAGUCGGCCCUGGAGGAGGCUGAGGCCUCCCUGGAGCACGAGGAGGGCAAGAUCCUCCGCGCCCAGCUUGAGUUCAACCAGAUCAAGGCAGAGAUCGAACGGAAACUGGCAGAGAAGGAUGAGGAGAUGGAGCAGGCCAAGCGCAACCACCUGCGGGUGGUGGACUCCCUGCAGACCUCCCUGGAUGCAGAGACGCGCAGCCGCAAUGAGGCCCUGCGGGUGAAGAAGAAGAUGGAGGGCGACCUCAACGAGAUGGAGAUUCAGCUCAGCCAGGCCAAUAGAAUAGCCUCAGAGUCCCAGAAGCACCUGAAGAAUGCUCAGGCCCACUUGAAGGAUACCCAGCUCCAAUUGGAUGAUGCUGUCCAUGCCAACGACGACCUGAAAGAGAACAUUGCCAUCGUGGAGCGGCGCAACAACCUGCUGCAGGCCGAGCUGGAGGAGUUGCGGGCUGUGGUGGAGCAGACAGAGCGGUCUCGGAAGCUGGCGGAGCAGGAGCUGAUUGAGACCAGUGAGCGGGUGCAGCUGCUGCACUCCCAGAACACCAGCCUCAUCAACCAGAAGAAGAAGAUGGAGUCAGACCUGACCCAGCUCCAGUCUGAGGUGGAAGAGGCAGUGCAAGAGUGUAGGAACGCAGAGGAGAAGGCCAAGAAGGCCAUCACAGACGCCGCCAUGAUGGCGGAAGAGCUGAAGAAGGAGCAGGACACCAGCGCCCACCUGGAGCGCAUGAAGAAGAACAUGGAGCAGACCAUCAAGGACCUGCAGCACCGGCUGGACGAAGCCGAGCAGAUCGCUCUCAAGGGUGGCAAGAAGCAGCUGCAGAAGCUGGAGGCCCGGGUCCGGGAGCUGGAGAACGAACUGGAGGCUGAGCAGAAGCGCAAUGCAGAGUCGGUGAAGGGCAUGAGGAAGAGCGAGCGGCGCAUCAAGGAGCUCACCUACCAGACAGAGGAAGACAAGAAGAACUUGAUGCGGCUGCAGGACCUGGUGGACAAGCUGCAGCUGAAGGUGAAGGCGUACAAGCGCCAGGCUGAGGAGGCGGAGGAGCAGGCCAACACCAACCUGUCCAAGUUCCGCAAGGCGCAGCACGAACUGGAUGAGGCAGAGGAGAGGGCAGACAUCGCUGAGUCCCAGGUCAACAAGCUGCGGGCCAAGAGCCGUGACAUUGGUGCCAAGCAGAAAAUGCAUGACGAGGAAUGAUGCCGCCUGCAGAGCCUCGCUGUUGCCAGCCCACAAUAAACACGAAUACCUA